CUCGGGAUGGCAGCGAGGGUCUAACGGGACAUGCGGACCGGCUGAUUCCGGACCAGACCCCCAGUGCUGUUUGUGCCAGUGUGCAGCCUCACCAUGCCGCUGGUCAAGAGGAACAUCGAGCCCCGGCACCUCUGCCGGGGGGAGCUCCCCGUGGGCAUCGGCAGCGAGCUGGAGUGUGUGAUGAACAACACGCUCUCCUCCAUCAUCCGUCAGCUCAGCAGCCUGAGCAGACAUGCGGAGGACAUAUUUGGCGAGCUGUUCAAUGAGGCCAACACCUUCUACCUGCGUGCCAACUCUCUCCAGGACCGCAUUGACCGGCUGGCCGUCAAGGUCACGCAGCUGGACUCCACAGUGGAGGAAGUUUCCCUGCAAGAUAUCAACAUGAGAAAGGCCUUCAAGAGCUCUACCAUUCAGGACCAACAGGUGGUGUCCAAGAGCAGCGUGCCCAUUCCUGUCAGAGAAAUGUACAACCUGAGUGACAAGCCUCCGCCGCUCAGCAUCCUGUCCAAGUACAGGGAUGACGACAAGGAUGCACUUAAGUUCUACACUGAUCCCUCGUACUUCUUUGAGCUGUGGAAGGAAAAUAUGCUGCAGGACACAGAGGACAAGAGGAAAGAGAGAAGGAAGCAGAAGGAGCAGCGUCGUUGUGUGGACGGGACAUUACAGAGGGAGGUGAAGAAGGUUCGCAAGGCGAGGAACCGUCGACAGGAGUGGAACAUGAUGGCUCUGGACAAGGAGCUGAGGCCCGACCAUCGACACACCAUACACCGAGACAGAGGGGCUUCUUCGGAGGGCUCCAUGUCCCCAGAGAACAGGGGUCAUGGUGCCGAUCAGCACCACUACCCGAACGCCAUGAACCACGCUGGCCACGCCCACACCUACUCCGGCCCGCCGCCCAGCAUCCUGGCCGCUCAGAUGGCUGCAGGACACGCGGCUCGUGGAGGAGGCGAACAUGACGCCAGGGGCAGGACGAUGAUGGCCUAUCAGGGCGGGACACUGGGCCGUGUUCACCACCACCAGGUCCCUCUGCCCCCCCCGCCCAGCGAGGCUAUGAACGGCGGCUCCAUGUCUCUCCCGCCUGUGGACUACAGUAUCGAUGGAUAUGCAAACACCGGCCCUCCGCCCCCUCCCCCAGCUCCUCUCAUCCCCUCUGCCCAGACUGCCUUCGCCUCCCCUCCUGGAGGUCCCAUGUCUCCAGGCUCCAUGGCUGUCGGCAGCUACAUUCUGCCUCCACCACCUAUGUCUGGAAUCCAGUUGGCUCCACCUCCUGGUCCUCCUGGCCCUCCACCCCCUCCCCUUCCAGCUGGUGCCUCCCACUUCACAGCCCGCAAGAUUACCUCCUCUGUGCCCGCUGAGGCCGCCGGGGUCACUGACGCCCGCAGCGACCUGCUGGCUGCUAUACGUAUGGGCAUCCAGCUGAAGAAGACGCAGGAGCAGCAGGAGCAGCAGGCGAAGAGGGAGCCGGUCGGGAACGACGUGGCCACUAUCCUGUCCCGACGCAUCGCCGUGGAAUACUCCGACUCCGAGGACGACUCCGAGCUGGAGGAGAACGACUGGUCCGAUUAACACACGCGAAAAAAAUACGGGAUAAUAACCACUGAAGAUACACACACAACGAGAAGAAGACACACAACCGGUCGAUCUCGCACUCACUUGAAGGAAUGCCCACUGUACAACGCCCACGGGUUAUCACACAUUUUGUCGCUGAAAACACACAAACACACACACACACACACUACUACACCUACACACAAUCACAUGCUGUAGGUUGAUAUAAGCUGAAAGGUCCAAAACUGGAAAUCUGGGAGUGUAUUCAAGUUGCAUAAACACUGUAAAGAGACUAGUAAUAGACUUUAAUGCUGACCACUAACAUUCAGUCUGCUGAUUAUAUUUCAAAGCAUUGUGAAUACACCCCAGUGGAUGUUUCUCUGCCUGUCGUAACACUUUAGACACCGCGUGAAGGUGCUAAUCUCAUGUAUAGUCGGAGCUCGAGAGAGUUAUAGGAGAAUUAGAAACUUUCCUCUUGAGCUAACCAAUGUACUUGUCUUUUUUUAAUGUUUUUACUCAAACACUUGCGUAUGCCAUAGAUCAGGGGGCGAGUUUUUAACAUGUAGAUGGAAAUAACCGGAGGCGAAGGAGAACCGGACGAGCUGAGUGGCAGCUGCAGUCAGUGGAAGAUGGAGGAGCGUCUGAAGGGAGGAGGGAGAAUUAGGGCCACUUACAGGUGGAAACAAAGACUGAAUAAAAUCCUAAAUUAAGAGAAUAAAGUCCUCUUGCCUGCGUUAAAAUGAGAAAUGUUGAGCAUCUUGUUAAGUUGUGCUAUAGUAUUAAGUUCACAAAUGACAAGUUACUUCUGUUGGCUCCUCAGCAGCACAUUAUCAUGUGAAUCAGGACUUUGAAAAGAUUGUGUAAGAAACUGUUCCUCUGAAGAAAGAACCACGCUGUACAUUACUGGAACCUGCCGAUAUAUUCAAAGGGGCAGUGAAAGUGAAAAAACAAGAUUUAGAUUUCUUUUCUUGGACAUGGCCCUAAUUCUCCGCUGUAAAGAUGAAUGAGAAGGCGAUAUGUAAAAAGUCUUAUUGAUCAUAAAUAUGAAAACUGAGCCGUCUGCGUCUGCAAUCGCUCACUGCUG